UCCAGUAAAAUGGUUGCGUGAGAGUAUCUGAGAGACCAUUUAUAUUAAACGUUUUAUUAGUCUACUACAUAAAAAAUAUUUAAACAAAGGCCACAUUAAUUGAUGAUUCAUCUUGGCUGGAAGCGACGUUGCUUAGAAACACAGACAAUGCUUCACGUAAACAAGCUCGUGCAGCCUCACUGUAGUUUUUAACAAAAGGCGAAACAGACAAGACAACAAAAAGAGGCUUACAGUCACUGAGGAAUGGAAACGACACACUUUGGCAAACAUGCAAGCAAUGCAGUAGAUGCCUAUUUAGAAUACAGAAGGAUUGUAGGUGAAGAUGAUGGAGGUAGGCUGUUUUCAGAGGAUGAAUACAAAAAAUACAAGGAGACAGUGGUGCCACGAAGAAUUCAGAACCGACUUUAUGUCAGUUUUGGCGUCCCUGGACAGAUAGACUGCAAACUCAUUGGACCAGAGACACCUUGCUUUUGUACACACAGGUAUAAACAGCACUGCACAGACUUUGAGGAAUUGCAGAAGGAAAGGCCUAUAUUCUUGCCUUGUAGGGUUAGAGGUUGUCAGUGCGUAUCCUAUCAAUACAUUCAUAUCAACGGCUCUAAGCCUGUGCGCUGCCAAUGCAAGCACACAACCAGUGAGCACAGUGAAGCUAAAGAGCACCGAUGCAAGAAAUGCACUCACUGCACUGGCUAUCGAAGUCCAUUCACGUGUGGAUGUGGUCAACCUGGAUAUGCCCAUGUGACGCUGGUUGAAACCAGGGAAGAGCGCAUGGCACGGGGUUGUCCAGUGGGCACAGAUCUUCCUUAUGCAGCCAUGGGAGGCCUGACUGGGUUCAGCUCGCUGGCAGACGGCUACCUAAGACUGGAUCCCAGUGGCAUAGGACCUCUGUCAUCUAGUACUCUGAAAUCUGACCAGGACCUAGCUCACGUGUUUGAGAGAACAAAUACAACACUCACCGAGACUACAGGAAGAGUAAUUGAAAGGAAAGACAGACACAUAAAGCGGAAAGAGGUCAAACAGAAAAUGUAACCAAGGAGAUGAAAACAAAGCACCCAUUCUUCUAGCAAUUUACUCUUGGUAGUUCUAAGAAAGCUAUAUCUUAGAUGUUAAUUCUGCAGUGCUCACAUGCUUAGUUUUAAUCACCAUUCUUUUAAAAAUCAAAUGUCGUGGGGGCCUGGGUAACUCUGCGAGUAUUGACGGUGACUACCACCCCUGGAGUCGUGAGUUAGAAUCCAGGGCAUGCUGAGUGACUCCAGCCAGGUCUCCUAAGCAACCAAAUUGGCCCGGUUGCUAGGUAGGGUAGAGUCACAUUGGGUAACCUCCUCGUGGUCGUUAUAAUGUGUGGUUCUCGCUUUCAGUGGGGCACGUGAUGAGUUGUGUGUGGAUGCUGCGGAGCAUAGUGUGAGCCUCCACACGCGCUACGUCUCCGUGGUAACACGCUCAACAUGCCACGUGAUAAGAUGCAUGGAUUGAUGGUCUCAGACACAGAAGCGACUGAGAUUCGUCCUCCACCACCACGAAGACUUAGAGCGCAUUGGGAAUUAGGCAUUCCAAAUUGGCGAGAAAUUCAAUAAAUUAAAUUCAAAUGUCGCACAUUAAACAAUAGCUCUAGUUUAUGUACUUAUUAAAACUAUGCUAUUAUAUAUUUAAGUGGCUGACAAUUCCCUUUUUUUCUCAAGAUUUUAGGUUAAAAUGUAUGGUUAAUAUUUAUAUGCACGUUUAUAAGGGAUGUGUAUAUUUUACAUACUCUAACUGUGAAAAUAUGAUGUAAUCACCUUUGAGCUUUUUGCAGUUCACUUAAAUGGCCCUGCAAGGUAACAAUGCAUAUAGUCAAGUUUAAAUAUUCUAUAAAGUCCCCCAAUUAAAGAGAUAGUUCACCCAAAAAUUAUAAUUCUCUUAUCAUUUACUUAUCCUCAUGCUGUCUCAAACUCAUAUGACUUUUUUUCUUCUGCAGAACACAAACAAAGAUAUUUUGCAGAAUGUAUCACAUGUUUUUGUCCAUGCAAUAUAAGUCGGUGGGUUCCAAAACUUUCAAGCUCCACAAAGCACAUAAAGGAAGCAUAAAAGUUAUCCAUACGACUUAAGUGUUUUAAUCCAUGUCUUUUGAAGCGGUAUGAUUAAUUUGAUUGAGAAACAAAAUCGUAACAUCUGGACAUCAUGAGAGAAGCUCGUUUACACACUUCCUCCACACCCAGCUGGGCAAUUAUUAAAAUGUAGAUGUGAGUUGAAAUGAAAGUCAUUGACCUUGUUACGUUUCAAAUUAACUGUGGUGGCCAAAAGGUUGAUAGUAAACACUAGAAAAUAAAAAAUGCAAUGUAUUAUUGAUGUGUAAUGAUACCAGGAUUGAGGACCUGGUAUAGUGAACUAAAACCAAUUGUUUAGCUUCAGAAGACAUGGAUUGAACCACUCAGGUUGUAUGGAUUACUUUUAUGCUGCAUUUAUGUCCUUUUGGAGCUUGAAAGCUUUGGACCACAUUAACUUGCAUUGUAUGGACAAAAACAAAUCAUAGACCUUGAAAAUAUCUUUGUUUGUGUUAUGCAGCUAAAUUAGGUAUGCAAAUUUAAGACGAUAUGAGGCAUGAGUAAAUGAUGAGAGUAUUAUAAUUUUUGGGUGAGCUAUACAUUUAAUAUGAGAUCAUUACUAGUUGUAGAUGAAGUAUAGCAUGCCACAUUUCAGGACAAUAGUCACUGUUUAAAAUUACAUGUCAAAUACCUAUUUAUGAAUUAGGAUGUAAUUAUGUCCCACACAGUAUUCACUUUCAACCAAUAGAGGUCAGUAGUGACAUAUACCUGCUUCGAUUCACACUAUAAUUGACAUGACUGCGAGAUUAUGGCUUUGUAUUCAGUGAAUCACUUUAAAUUGCUCUACUCUACUUGGGUAUGUUCAGAACAACAAUAGCAAUUAAAGUAUGUAAUUAAAAGAUUGAUUGUACUCUAUUGAUGAGACACAAAGUGUCGUGUGCUCUGUGAACUAGGUGAGCUCCAUGGCUAGCGUUUAAUCGUUUUCUUCUCAAGGAGCAGAAAGAAAGAAGAAACAAUUUCACCCCCUAAUCUUUGGUACAGUUCCACAAGAAUGAUUUGCUGUACUGUAUGUACUAGGCAUGGCUAGUUCUGUCUUCCCCUGUGUCUGAAUGUGUGACUUGUAUCUGAAAUUAUAUUUUAAUGUGUUCUGUGUUUGUAUUUGUGAGUGUUUUAUGACUCAUACUAAGCUCUUCAAGAUUCCAUUUGAUUGGAUUUGUUACGACUUCCUUUUAAAAUGUUCAUACUCUCUUCCUCUGUUCUGAUAUGCAUCUCAAUUGCUCUUAAGAACAUCUGUCUAUCUCAUGAAAUGUGCAAAUGCGUAUGUGUGACCUGAGAGACUUGUCUUUAAGUGACGUAGACUAUAGAAAAGAGACCAAACACACACUGUUCUCAUUACCACACUUAUAAUACUCGUGGCUCAUUGGUGGAUUUUUCAUCGCCACCAACACUCUGAGAAUACCUCACUGGUUUAUUUAGAAAUCUCUUUUGUACCGCCGCUCUUUGCCCGGUCCUCUAUUUAUAUUAAGCCUCAUUUAGAUCAUAUUAUAUUAUACACUGCGCUCCUCUCUACCUCUCCAGAUCUUUAAUCCAUUCUGUCUUUUUUGUCCCCCUCCUCCAAAUCCCUCAGCUCCAAAUCUGUAGUUGCAUAGAAGAGUCAGUUAAAGACUGAAAGCAGGAGCAAGGAAAUGCUUGCGAUGAAGUGGGUCUAUGUUCAUAGAUUGGCAGGUGUUCAUUAGAGUUGGUCAAAGGGAAGCAUAGUGACAUAUAUAAACAAAACGAAAUGAAAGGUUCCUUAAAGGCCCUUUAAUGAUAUUAAUAGUUGGAUUUAGAACUACCAAAAGAUUCCCUUUUAUGCUUAAAUAGUUCUUUGUGUUCGGGUUUAUGGUUCUUACUCCUGUACUGGAACCUACAAAUUAAUGGAACCAUUUUUCUUUAUAAUGUAUUCACUCAUUAUCAUUAGAAUGAUUAAAGGAAUAUUCAGGUUUCAAUACAAGUUAAGCUCAAUCGACAGCAUUUGUGGCAUAAUGUUGAUUUCCACAAAACAUUUUUUCUAAUGGUCCCUCCUUUUCUUAAAAAGGCAAAAAUCGAGGUUACAGUGAGGCACUUAUAAUGGAAGUGAAUGGGGUCCAUUUUUGGAGGGUUUCAAGGCAGAAAUGUGAAACUUAUAAUUUUAUAAAAGCACUUACAUUCAUUCUUCUGUUAAAACUUAUAUAACAUAUUAUUUAUGUCUAUACAUAUGUGGCUAUACAUUUGAAACAGUGAGUUUUUUAACAUUUACAGAUUGGCCCCAUUCACACCCAGAAGAAAAGGAGGGACAAAUCAAAAUGACAUUUUGUGGUAAUCGACACAAUGCCACAAAUGCUAUUGAUUGAGCUUAACAUCUAUUGAACUUGAAAUAUUCCAUUAAUAUUGUAUAAUGUAUUGUAAUAUGUAUUUAUCUACAUUUGUAUUUGUAUCAUUAGUAGGUGUGUUCUCUUUCCUUGGACACCUGAUGUCUUGUCCAUCAAUGUUAUAAUUUGUGAAGGAGGUUAAAUAAAGAUAUUUG